UUCCUGUUUAUGUUUCAUGUUUCAUUGAGGAGGUGGAAAUCAUAGCUAUAGAAGAGUGGCUAACCAAGUAGCUAUUGUACAGCUGUUACUACCACAGUAUAGUUCCAGUUUUGUAUGUCUAACUAGCUGAGUGCAUUUAGCUAUGGUUGCUGUAAUAAGUCUAUGGUUAAUGAAAGUUUUGCCAUUUCUCAUGACAAUAUUGAUGGUCAACUCCCAGAAUGGUGUGUCCAUCAGGUUCAUGGGACAAGAACUGAUCAGUGGUAUCAGUCGAGUUUGUCUGAGUGACAUUAGAGAGCAGCCAUCACGAGCUAAUAUAUCGGAUGGAAUACCAGACACUGUGGAGGGUCCUGCCCUGGUGUGUGUCACUGACAACCCCAACUGUUGCAGGGCAGUGGACAAUCCUAAUGGUGGAGUAGUCGGAGAAUGGACACUAAAUGGAUUUGAAGUACCUGGUAUUAAUGCAGACCCAUCAUCUCACCUCUAUAGGAAUCGAGGUACUGGUCUGGUGCGAAUCAAUUAUCGACCUAAUGCUGAAGGCAACCCCCUACAAAGUGUAACUGGACAAUACUGCUGCAUGAUACCUGAUAUGAGUAGCGUCUUCCUGACACUCUGUGUUGAUGUUACACAAGAUGAUUCCGUCUGCACUACAUCAACUAUGACACUACCUACUGCUAUGGCUACUGUAACAGGCUUCACUGACACUGUGCCCCCCACAACUGACCCCCCACCUGGAUCAAGUGACCCCCAGCUGGGUGCAAUCGUUGGUCCACUAGUUGGAGUGAUUGUUGUACUCAUUCUCAUUAUACUCGUUAUCAUUGUAGUGAUUGUUAUGGUUACAUGGUGGAGCCAGAAAAAAAAUGGACAGUGGAACAGAGAAAGAAACAUUCAAACAAACAAUCUUACUAAUCGCUCCUUUGUAAUCGACUCGGAAAACAUUAACCUGAAAACAAACCAGGCUUAUGAAAAUAUCGAGCAUGGAGAAACAGCUGUAACUGUUGCUAACCUGGUUGCUAACCCUUCCUACGAGAGUGUGCCCCCACCCAUUGCCCAACAGAGUGUAGAGUAUGACUACAUUCCUGACCUACUCCAUGGCAACAUGUCGGGUAGUAACAGUGGAGAUGGGACUGAGGACAGUAACGAUGGACCUACUUCUCUAGUGUAUGAGGAAAUACCUGCCUAGCUUGUACAUUGUACACAAACAAGUGAAUGUAUGUUUACUUUUAUGAUAAACUAUUCACAAUUAAUAGCAGUUUGUUUUGUUUGGUCUAAGAGAAGUGCACAACAUUCCACUUAGUAAUCCAUUGCAACGUCAUGAAUUGGUUGUUUUUAAGUUUACAUACGUGUAUAAAUGUCGCUUUCAAAAAUGAGCAAAGAGCUUAUAGCUACGUAUUGCUCAUUUGCAUUAAUUUACUCAAUAAUAAUAUCAAGUUGAACUCUUCUCGACACGUCAACUUCUAUGGGAAGACUGCUCCUAUGCCAUACAAAGAGUAACUGCACUUGGCGUUAGACCUAUAUUAUAUCAAAAGCUGGCUGUACAACUUGUAGACUAUGUUGAAACAGUUGGAGUGUGUAUUUUCAACUACCUUAAGGUGACAUAUUUUCGCGUGUAUUAAUUUCUGCUAUUUCUGCGAAUGAGAGUAAAAUCGCAAAAAUUAGUACUCGCAAAUAAUUGGCCGCCCUCUUGUUUAAUGUAUCCAGAUCGACAUUUCGCAAAAAAUUAUACCGCAAAAUGUACAAAACUGUAAAAACGCAAACAAAUCUACCUGUGAAAAUAUGUCACCUUAAGGUAUAUUUUUGUGUACAAUGACAAUAAAAUAUGUUAUAUGUACCUCUGCAACUAAACAAUAGUGAUUCAUGGGAUUCCUGUUUAUGUUUCAUUUCAUUGAGGAUAUAGGUGGCAUAACGUUAGCUAACCCAAGC